ACAUUGUAUGGAGUUAUUUUGUGUAACACGAAGCAGGAAUCAUGUCAGGAAGAGGCAAACAAGGCGGGAAGACCCGGGCAAAGGCCAAGACUCGCUCAUCUCGGGCUGGGCUGCAGUUCCCAGUCGGCCGUGUUCACCGGCUGCUGAGGAAAGGCAAUUAUGCUGAGCGGGUGGGAGCCGGAGCUCCAGUCUAUCUUGCCGCAGUGCUGGAGUAUCUGACCGCUGAGAUCCUGGAGUUGGCCGGGAACGCUGCCCGGGAUAACAAGAAGACCCGUAUCAUCCCCAGGCACCUGCAGCUCGCUGUGCGCAACGAUGAGGAGCUGAACAAACUGCUCGGAGGGGUGACUAUCGCUCAGGGCGGUGUCCUACCCAACAUCCAGUCCGUGCUGCUCCCUAAGAAAACCGAGAGCACCAAAGCGGCCAAGAGCAAGUGAGCCCAGGAAUGAGAGUGCCCUGACCCCAACCCAAAGGCUCUUUUCAGAGCCCC